GUCAGAAAAAUGUCAAUCUACUUAUACUUUUGACAAACUUUCCGAGUGUGUAUGUGUAUGAGGUUACUUGUAUUUAUUCAUUCGUUUGCUAUAAAUACUUCUCUAAGUGUACUUCAUUUACUCACUCCUCCUUUUGUAUUCUAGAAGCUUAUGAAUAGAGUUUAUUGGAACUAUUCCAGUAUGAAGGUGUUCGUCCUUGUAGCAGCUUACCUGGCAGUAGCGGCAGCCGAGUGUCCUAACCUUACACCUGUACAGUCCUUCGAUAUCGAAAAGUAUCUAGGCACCUGGUACCAUCAGGCAAGUACCGAAAAUUUCGCCUCUUAUGGACCGAGCAGAUGCGCCAAGACCGAAUACACCUUGGAUUCCACCACCGGCAUCGUUCAUAUUAAAAACUCUAUAAAGUCCAAAUUCGGCGAAGAGACAAUAACCGGGUCAAUGGAAUUGGCUGACCCCACUAAGGAUGAAGGCAAGCUCAACGUUAAGCUGCAGUUCCCUUUCGGCACUGCUGCAGGACAAGUGUUGGUGUUGGCAACCGACUACGAUAACUACGCAAUCAUCUACACUUGCAGGAUGUUCUCUGGUGUCCCCACAAAGCACGCCUGGAUACUGACCAGAGAGCAGCACCUGGACGGCGAUGCCAGGGCGAAAGUUGAGGCUCUGGUUGACGUCGCAUUUGCCGACAUUUCCAGCCAAGGUGGGCCAAAGAAGAGUGACUUCCGUAAAACCGGUCAGGAAAACUGUUAAUUGAUCAGUUUUUGAGAUGAAAUAAAGAUCGAAAUUUUA